AUGUCACCCCGGAAUAUUGUGGAUGGUCAGAAUGGAGUGUCAUACGAGGUGAUCAAGCGGCUCGGAAAGGUGAGAACUCUUGAUCGAGAAUAUCUUCAGCGUUUCAUCAAAAUCUAUGCGGCUUUUAUCAAUAUUUAUUACAUCCUCGCCGAGAGAGUACACGAAGUGCCGAGAGCGGUCAGAGAGAAAAAAUAAUUUUUGGCCAUAACUUCGCUAUUUUCGUGCGGAAAAAAUUGAUUUUUUGUGAAAACAUUAUCCUCUACAGCAGAAAGCGAUAUGAAAUUUUUUGUCCCGAAAUUCGCUAAAAACUUUCGCAUUUUUUGUCAACUAUCGACCUAAAAAUCUCCGUCAUUUCUGCAAACCGUGACCUAGGAGUCUUGCUUAUGCCAUAGAAAAAAGUAUUCUAAAUUUGUGCCAACUUUCAUCAAAGUGUCAGCGUCGCACUUGGAGCACUUCCCUUAUAAACAAGAAUAUCUUUUCCAGGGCUCCUUCGCCACCUGCUACUUGGCCAGCACUCGAUUCCACACAUCCGUCGAUACUCAAUUCUUUGCCAUCAAAAAAUUUGCUCAACGAAACCAGCACGAACAUGACAUUCGAUUUUCCAAGAUCUGGAAUGAAAUCGUGGUUCAUGGCAGACUUUCGGACGAAUAUCGUCAUCCAAAUCUAGUCUCAAUGCUGGCUGCGUUCACUUCGGACGAGGGGGACACCUGCAUGUUGUUGGAGUACUGUCCGAACGGGAACUUGAGCGACUUUGUGGAGCAGCAGCCAAGUAAGGAAGGAUCAAUAGAUUUAAUUUAUCCAGAGAUGGCAGAGGCCGGACCGGGCUUUGGAAAUUUCGGAAUGGGCCGGGCCGACCGCUUCUGGGACGGGCUUGCGGCUUUACCUAAGUUUCUUGGCUGGGCUUCAAGCUCGAGAUUGCAAAUUUUAUGCCCUCCCCUCCACGGAAAAAAUUAAAAUGGCGGGAAAAAUCUCACUCAAAAUUAUUCAAAAAAAUUUUUUAGUGACCGGGCCUGAAAAUCCUCAAGGCCGGGCCAUAGGUCACUACGGGCCGUUCUUUGAAAAUUUCGAAAAUGGCCGAGCCGAUUUUGAUGAGGGAUGGGCCCGAAAAUUCCAAAAUCCCGGCCCUCUAGCCAUGUCUGAAUUUAUCACUGUUUGGCCAAAAUUUUUCAUUUUUUCACCAAAACUCUCAAUUCCAUCGCUAACAGCAAAACUUUCAGAAUGCUCUCUCCCUGAGCCAGAUGCCGCUCGCUACCUGAAACAACUUCUCAGUGCUCUAGAUUACAUCCAUUCAGUCCACGACGUGCUCCAUCGUGACAUCAAGCCAGGAAAUGUCUUACUGACGAACCAUGCCAGAACCGUGAAACUGGCCGACUUUGGGCUGGCCUGUACCGCCGAAGACGCUCGCCGUCGCGCUUCCGUCUGUGGCACCCCAAAUUACGUAGCGCCAGAGACUGUUUUGUACAAAGGACAUACGUACGCCUCAGAUUAUUGGGCGCUGGGAUGCACGUUUUAUUUCAUGCUAUGUGGACAGACCCCAUUCCAGACCUCGUCGAUAAAGGGAACUUAUUCGAGGAUCUGUCGGGGGGAUUACGGAUAUCCCAGGAAUUUCGGCGGAUCCAGAAGAGCGAGAGAUUUCAUUGACAAGUAAGCGAUACGGGUAAACAAGGGAAUUCAUCAUAAUCAAUUUUAUUAUAAAAAUAUCAAAAAAAAUAUAAAAAAAAAUCCAAAACAAUGUCACCAAUUUUUUAUGUGUAAAUUAUGUCAAAUGUUAGUAUUUUCAUAAAGUGACUGGACAAUUUUUCUCUUUCGAACAGUGCAUUUUGAACUUUUUCCCAGGCUUGUCGCUUAUGCACCGUGCAUCUUCUCUUUUCGCACAGUGCAAACCUCAAAAACAGCCGUUUGCACUGUGCAAAUUCCUGGCGCCGACGCUGCGACAAAGGUGAAAAAAAUUCAGGUCGCGGCGAUAGUUCAAAUGCACAGAGCGAAAUCGAAGAAAAAGGCGAAAUGCACGGUGCAAAAUCAUGGCUUUUUGUGCACGGUGCAGGACUGCGACAAAAUGUCAAUAGGCUUGAUCAGUCUGUCGGGAAAAUAAUGGGCGCUCUUUCGCAUGGAAAAUCGCAUCGUUGCCGAGAAAAUGAAUUGUGUCACGGCAAAAUCAAAUUGUUUUUUCACUUCAGCGACACCAUUGGCGCAGCGACAUCGCUCAUUAUUUUCCCGACAGACUGUUAUGAAAAUACUAAAAGUUCGACGAUUGGGGAAACCCAAAAGUAAUACUUUUCUUCGAUGCAAGUGUCGAGAUUAGGUUAAUCGAUGGUGCUGAUUUCGAAAAUGACAUUCAUUUUUUUUGAUUCUCACUUGAAAAGAUUUAAAAAAUUACUACUUUACAAUACUACUUACGGAAAAAAGUAACUAUUAAAAAAUGAAUGUCAUUUUCGAAAUCAACACCUUCAAUGCUCCUAAUUUCGACCUUGCAUCGAAGAAAAAUAACAAUUUUCGUUUUCCCCAAUCGUCCCAAUUCCUGAAUAGGCGCCUCAUUUUUUAAUCAAAAAUUUCCCAAAAACUUCCUUGUGAUUAGAAAAAUAUAUUCUUGUUUCAGAGUUCUCCUAGUCAACCCAAUGCAUCGAAUGAGUAUGCGAGAGAUGAACGAACACCCAGUCCUCCAAAUGUUUCGUCGCAAUUCCCUCACCAAUCUCCAUCAAAUUGACCAACUCUACGAUUCUUCCCCAUCCCAUUCCAACGGGUCCUCACAUUCCGAACAUUCCCCACCGAUCACUCCGAAUCCCCGAAACAUCAAUCGCUGUCAGUCGAUGUACGACGUCAACAACAACGGGAUCGAGCCGGCAAGUCCGCAACGCUCUUUCGCCGACUCACAACUCGUCACAAUGGCCUUGUACUGCAGUUGUUUGACAGAGGCGUGGGAGGAGCAGGGGGGAUUAACGGUAAUUCCGAGCGAUCGCCCGUUGCCGCAUAAUUAUGUUGCCAAAUGGGUGGAUUAUACGAACAAGUUUGGGUUCGGAAUCAUGAUGAGGAAUGGAGUGAGGUCCGUCUUGUUCAAUGACGACUCGGUUCUCACCACAAUGUAAGGAAAAAUUUUAAAAAUCCGAAAAAUUAUGUUGUAGUAGGUCUAGAGGAAAUUUUUAAUCAAAAAAUAUAUUGGAAAGCUAGUGAAAGCAAUCGCUAUCAACAAAAAUUAUCGCAAACAGCUUGCAAAUUCUCUAAAUGCCCUAAAAUACUCAAAAUCCAAAAUUCAGACCAAGUUUUAUACAUUAAUUUACCCUCUCCUUACAGUGACGCCGAGAUCUCCGUAUAUCACCCCUUAAAGUCCCACAAAUCCGCGAGCAUAAUCAGCAAAGACGACACACUCAGCCAGUCAAUGGAAGCGAAGAUCCGAUCACUCCGAUACGUCAAGAAAUACAUGGACACGGAGCUGAAUUCCGCCGUCCCAUUGAUGGAACCAAGAUCGGUUGAUGCGGUUCCAUUAUGUCGAGAUACCUACGUUACGGACAUAAUCAAACUCAACGACUCGGUGGUUUUCGUCCUUUCCGACGAGGCAAUUCAGGUGAGCAAUUCGUUUUCUUCGUUUUCGCAGUUUAUUUUUCGAAUAACAAGAUUUUACGGGAAAUUGGCAAAAAAUAUUGGCUCUUUGGCAUUCUGUUUCACUUUGUUUUUGUUAUAAUUUUUUUGUCAAAAAUAAUAUUUCUCCUUGUUUUCAGAUCAAUUUCACCUCGUUCCGGCUGAAAGUCGUCCUUCAACGUGAGAAUGAUCAAGUCUUCCUCAACACCGUCUCUCCCAAUGGUGUAUUUUCCUUCGGAGUAGUGGAGAAGUCCCUUUCUCCAAUCCAACCGCCUCCACUUUCGCCCAACUGGGUCCCCAUGGUGCUCGAUACAGUUCAACAAGUGAUGGAGCGCUUCUCUCUGGCUAGACACUCCACCAAAUGUUAA